AUGACUGCCACUAUUGCCCAAGUUGCAAGGAAGAAAUUUGACUACAUUAUAAUUGGCGGUGGUACUGCAGGCCUUGCUCUGGCCAAUCGUCUGUCGGAAGAUCCCUCUCUUUCCGUCCUGGUUCUCGAGGCCGGUGCCGCUAAUCUGGACGACAGUACUAUCUUGGUCCCUGGACCUGGGAACCGAAGGAAAUUGCUCAACAAUCCCAAAUAUGACUGGCAAUUCGAGACAAUCGCUCAACCCCAUUCGAAUAAUCGUUCCUAUGCUUGGUCACGUGGCAAGGGGCUCGGCGGUAGCUCCGCUAUCAAUGUGCUACUAUGGAACAAGCCCUCCCGGGACUAUUUGCAAGCUUUCGAAGAGCUCGGAAAUCCCGGAUGGAACUGGGAAGCGUUUGAAAAAUAUUCGAAGAGAGCUGAACGAUUCAUGAAGCCUCAUCACGAUCUCGACAUUCUAACCUAUGAUAUGGCAUAUCGCGGGGAUGCAGGUGCCGUGGUCACCUCCUUCCCUGUGGUGCUCUCAAAUAUCGAACGGCCCAUGGCUGAAGCUCUAGCAAAGCAUGGAAUAACUCACGUUACUGAUUCAUCAUCCGGUUUCACGAAUGGAUCGACGUCCACCGCAUUGACACUCCAUCCUGAAACGCACCAACGGUCGUAUGCAGCCAAUAUGUAUUACGUGCCCGUCGCAUCGCGCGAGAACCUAACAGUUCUAAUAGAUGCGCAUGUAAUAAAGAUAAAAUCUCAUCCCAACGCUGAUGGCACCAUAACGGCUGUUGGCGUAGAGUUUCUGCACGCAGGUGUACCGCAGGAAGUUGCCUGUAUGAAAGAGGUCUGCCUCUGUGCAGGGGCCGUCAUGUCUCCUCAGAUCCUGGAGCUGUCUGGUAUCGGAGACCAUGAUGUCCUCCAUAAAGCGGGCAUUGAUCUGAAGGUAGAGUUAUCUGGUGUGGGGGAGAAUGUACAAGAACACCUGUUUGCGCCCCUCUUUUACGAGUUGCGAAAGUACGACUACGACGGGUGGAAUUUCAAUACGUACGAUCCACUCUAUGACCCCCAAGAGGCUGUAAAGCAGCUUGCACUCCUUCCCGAGGGAAAGGGUCUCUUCAAUUUGUGUACCAUCGGACUCACCUUCGUCCCCCUGGACACUAUCUGUGCCGACACGACGACGAUGCAGAAGACGCUCUCCGAGACGAUCCGCGCCGGCAUUGCAGCCAAUGUGUAUUCGCCAGGUCUGCGAAAGCAGUACACAAUUCAACUCAAACACCUUGAGCAGCAGGUACCCAGUCUCGAAUUGAUUCUUGGCCCCGGCAUAAUGAUACCGCCUGCCAACCCCGACCCCACCAAGAAACACAUCACCCUCGGCUUCGGCCUCAACAGUCCCUUCUCUCGGGGCACCAUCCACGUUGGGUCCAGCGACCCGCUGGUCCCACCCGUCAUCGACCCGCACGUUUUCGAAGAAUCAUACGAUCUCACGACUAUGGUUGAACUUGUCAAAUUUCUCCGACGCCUGGCGAAGACCGAGCCACUGAAGAGCCUCCUCGUUGAGACGGAGGUCAGCCCCGGUCCACAGGUCGAAUCAGAUGAGCAAAUUGCCGAGUGGAUCAAGAACAACGUCAGCACCACUUUCCACACCGUAGGGUCAUGCUCGAUGCUACCCGAGGAAGACGGCGGCGUUGUCGACCCGCAACUCAAAGUCUAUCACACGACGAACAUCCGCGUCGUGGACCUGUCCAUCGCGCCCCUGCAGAUCGGUGCGCACCCCCAAGCGAUGGUCUAUGCAAUCGCGGAGCAAGCCGCGGACAUCAUCAAAGGAGUGGCCGCCUGA